AUGUCACAGCCUCCGAGCCAUCACGGUACAGGUUCAAAGCCGGACGAUUUAACACAGGAACAGAUCGAUGAACUGCGGGAAGCGUUUUCCCUGUUCGAUACGAACCAUGAUGGCACCAUUACCAGCUCGGAACUGGGUACAGUGCUGCGGUCGCUCGGAAAAAACGUUUCCGACGCGGAAGUGGAAGUACUGCUGCAGAAGAUCAACACCGACCAGGAAGGAAGGAUACGUUUUGCUGACUUUGUGAGAAUGAUGGCAACGCGAUUGAAGAACUACAACGAGGAUGAACUGAUGGAGGCUUUUCGCAUGUUUGAUCGUGACGGAAAUGGAAUGAUUUCCGCCGAGGAACUACGAACAACACUGAAGACGUUCGGGGAACAGUUGACCGAAGAGGAACUGGACGAGUUGCUUCUGGAAGCCGAUAUAAAUUGUGACGGUCAAAUUGACUACGAGGAAUUUGUUAAAAUGAUUACGCAGAACUAA